UAGCCAGCGCCGCGGGGCGACACCCAGUAGCGCCCACGCAGCGCCAGUCACGUCUAGCCAGCACCCGCGUGCGCGUUCCUACGUCCAAGUACCUUCUGUGGUGCACGUCAGCGCCCGGAAGUGUUCAGCGGUGCUUGGUGCCAACGCACAUAGCGUCUGGCAGCGCCGGUAUUCCUUCAUGCGCGUCUAGUAGCACCCAGUCGAGCCUAGUUCAUGUCAGCCGCGGCCAAACGCC